CAUCACAACACCAAACAUUCUCUUUUUCUCAAACCACAUAAUGGAGUUAAAGCAACCCAUGAUCAAAGAGAUGGAGCCACAGCAUGGCCAAAAAGGCUUCCUUGUCAAGGGUACUACGAAAAUUGGUGGCCAUGAUUUGGAGGAUACGAAUUGUCGAUUGGAUUCGCUUAGAAUGCUAGAGACGGGCUUGCCUAAUGGCUCUCCGGAGAAGAAACUGGCAUGGUUGAGGUCACAAGUGAUCGGAAGCGAUUUGGAGUUUGAGACGCCGUUUGGGAAACGCCGCCUCACUUAUGCCGACUAUACGGCCUCUGGCCGGAGCCUUCUCUAUAUUGAGAACUACAUCAUUGCCAAUGUUCUCCCGGUUUAUGGAAAUACACAUACAAGUGACAGUUAUGUGGGGCACCAAACCACAAAAAUGGUGCAUGAAGCUAGUAAGUAUGUGAAAAGCUGCCUUGGUGGGAAAGAAGAAGAUGCCCUCCUCUUUGUUGGAUCUGGUACAACUGCAGCCAUCAAACGCCUCCAAGAGGUCAUGGGAAUUUCAGUUCCAUCCAUCAUGAGAGACAAAAUAUUAGCAUCAAUGGAGGCCGAGACCAAGGACGAGGAUGAAAAGAUCACUAAGCUUAGGAAUAAGAUCAGGAGUAGGGUUAAUGAAGAAAGAUGGGUAGUUUUUGUGGGUCCAUAUGAACACCAUUCAAACUUGCUGUCUUGGCGCCAAAGUCUAGCACAAGUUGUUGAGAUUGGUUUGGAUGAAACUGGGUUGAUAGACAUGAAAGCUCUGAAACUACAACUUGAGAAUUACGGACACACCAAUCGCCCUAUGUUGGGUUCUUUCUCGGCUUGUAGUAAUGUCACCGGGAUUUACUCCGACACCCGUGCCCUCGCUACUCUUCUUCAUCGAUAUGGCGCUUUCGCUUGCUUUGAUUUCGCUGCAAGUGGUCCUUAUGUAGAGAUAGAUAUGAGAUCUGGAGAUAUAGAUGGGUAUGAUGCAAUUUUCCUAAGUCCACACAAAUUUGCGGGAGGCCCCUCUACUCCUGGAAUUCUCCUCAUGAGCAAGGUCCUCUAUCAGCUCGGCACCUGUCCCCCUUCAACUUGUGGUGGCGGAACUGUCAGUUUUGUCAAUGGAUUCAAUGAGAAGGACACACUGUAUUAUAACGACGUGGAAGAGAGAGAAGACGCGGGAACUCCACCAAUAAUCCAGAAAAUAAGGGCAGCAAUGGCAUUCUGGGUUAAAGAGUACAUAGGCUAUGAAGUGAUCAAACAACAGGAACACAAGCUCAUAGAGAGAGCACUAGACAGGCUUCUUUCAAAUCCAAACAUAUGGGUAUUAGGAAAUACCAGUGUCGAAAGGCAAGCCAUCUUGUCCUUCCUUGUGUUCUCCACUUCAAAUUAUUCUAGAAAUGACAACACAAGAGUUGACGGAGGAGGAGGAAUUUAUAUGUGGAGAGAAGCUGGGAACAUGAGAGAUAAGCCGUUGCACGGGCCUUUUGUUGCAAAGCUAUUCAAUGACCUGUUUGGGAUACAGGCACGAGGCGGUUGCGCUUGUGCUGGACCCUAUGGCCACCAUCUUCUACAUGUCGAUCAGCCUCACUCACUCGCCUUCAAAGCUGCCAUUCAAAAGGGAUACAAUGGAGUGAAGCCCGGAUGGACAAGAAUUAACUUGGCUUACUUCAUAGCAAUAGAGGAGUUUGAAUUCAUUCUUGCAGCCCUUGAAUUCAUAGCUAUGUACGGCCAGAGAUUCCUUCCCCUCUACGACUUCAACUGGAAGACAGGCGCUUGGACUAUGAAGAAAAACUCAGUCAAAGAGAUUGCAGCCAUAAAACAAAGCAAGCCUGCGUUUAGCAACUCACUAAUCACUCAUGCUUUGCAAGCAGCAGCAGCAGCCAACUUUGAAGAUUUUGAUGAGAAAAAGAGUAACAAAGUCGGCAGCAAUAUUGAUCCAAAGACAGUUGAAUUGAUAGACAAGUAUGUGUCUUACUUGGAGACUGCUAAGAAAAUUGCACAUUCCCUCCCAAAGUUUCCACCACGUCGUAAGGUUCCCAAAGAUAUUGAUCUUAACCUUGUACACUUUCGAGUUUAGCCAAAUAUGGUAACUUUCAUUUCCAAGUAAUGUCUAUGUCAAUAUACCGUGUGUGAGAGUUAUUCACUGUUGGUUGUGUUGUACAACCGCUAGUUGUAUGUUGAAUCCAAAGUGUGUGAGAGUUAUUCACUGUUGGUUGUGUUGUACAAUCGCCAGUUGUAUGUUGAAUCCAAAGUGGUUUUCAUCUUUGUUCCAAUUAAGCUAAUUUCACUAGUGUAUGCAUUAAAAGCUACUUUGAAUUCA